CUCUCGGCGGACAGGCCACUCGGCAAGGGAAGGAGCGACAGCGCUUCAUGAUGCGCUGCCUGAGUACACCCACGCUGCUUCGGGCUCUGGCCCAGGCUGCACGAGCAGGGCAGCUCACUGGCCGGAGCCUCCACAGCAGUACCGUGGCAGCGACCUACAAGUUCGUGAACAUGCAGGAACCCUCGAUGGACAUGAAGGCGGUGACCGACAGGGCGGCUCAGACCCUGCUGUGGACUGAGCUCAUCCGAGGCCUAGGCAUGACCCUGAGCUACCUGUUCCGGGAGCCUGCCACCAUCAACUACCCGUUCGAGAAGGGCCCACUGAGCCCUCGCUUUCGGGGAGAGCAUGCGCUGCGCCGCUAUCCGUCAGGAGAGGAGCGCUGCAUUGCCUGUAAGCUUUGUGAGGCUGUCUGCCCCGCCCAGGCCAUCACCAUCGAGGCCGAGCCGCGGGCCGAUGGCAGCCGCCGGACCACGCGCUAUGACAUCGACAUGACCAAGUGUAUCUAUUGCGGCUUCUGCCAGGAGGCCUGCCCCGUGGAUGCCAUCGUGGAGGGCCCCAACUUCGAGUUCUCCACUGAGACGCACGAGGAGCUCCUGUACAACAAGGAGAAGCUGCUGAGCAACGGGGACAAGUGGGAGGCCGAGAUUGCCGCCAACAUCCAGGCCGACUACCUCUACCGCUGAUGCCCCCCACCGCCCAGCUGGCCUGCAGCCCCCGCCACCCAAUAAAAGAGUUCUGCCCUCC